AUGUUAUACGAAACUGAUAAUCACAAUCAUCCAGGAAGUGCUGUUUCCAGUGAAAUUCGAAUAUUUGAAGAAAAAAUUCGUCGUCGUGCUCCUGACUUUAAACAUAUAAAACGAAAUAUUCAACAUCAUCGCGCAAAAAAUGAUUUACCGAAAAUUCCACAUGAUAAAACAUUUGAUCAAAUUCCUGAUAAAUUAGCAACAACGAAACGCAAUAGUAAAUUUCUACAAUUUGAUUCUGGACCUGGUAAUGAUCGCUUAUUGAUCUUUUCAUCUGUUGAUCAAUUACAGGUACUGGACAAUUGUGAAGAAUUAUUAGUCGAUAGCACAUUUAAGAAUCCCAAAUCUCUAAUGAUGGAUUUUGAGAGAGCUGCCAUUAAUGCAUUUGGAGGUAGUUUUACAACGACAACAAAUCCUUCAACAAUGUCGGGUUGCUUUUUCCAUUUACAAAAUAAUAUUCAACGUAAAGUUCAAGAAUUGGGUUUUAAAACAAAUUAUGAACAAGACCCUGUAUUCGCACAUAAUGUCAGUAAAAUUGCUGCUCUAGCAUUUCUUCAACCAGCAGAUGUUAGUCAAGGUUUUGACGAUCUUCAUAAUUCAUCACCACCAAUGCUUCAUUCACUACUUGAUUACUUUGAAGACACUUAUAUAGGCAGACAACGGUCACAGGGACGGUCCCAACCUAUGUUUUCAGUUGAAUUCUGGAAUAUGCAUCAACGAACAACUGAUCUUUCCAUGCGCACGAAUAAUUCAGCUGAACCUUGGCACCGUCGUCUUAACUCCAUCAUUCAAUGCCAGCAUCCUACCCUUUGGGCUUUCAUUGAAAGUCUACAGAACGAAGAAUAUUUUAUUCAUUGUCAAUUAAUUAAACUUAAUUCUGGUCAAAAAGUUGAACCAAGUAAAAAGUAUUUAAAUUAUAGUAAACGUCUGCGUCAUUUAAUUACGCAUCCACAUCCAACCUUACUACAACAAUUAGAAGGACUCGCUCAUAAUUUAUAA